ACUGAAAGUCAGCAUCAUCGCCACUCCUCCCAAUAGGAAGGGCGCAUCCCGAAUAGCUAGCUGGCUAGCUGUACUCAGCAUAAAGAUGGCAGUUAACCUCAGCAAAAAUGGUCCUGCAUUAACAGCUGCAUAUAAAGAAGUGGUAGAUGAAAAAUCCAACACCAACUGGGCCUUGUUCACCUAUGAGGGAAACAGUAAUGAUAUCCGCCUGGCAGAAAAGGGAGAUGGAGGACUGGAGGAGUUGGUUGAGGAAUUGAACAGUGGAAAAGUGAUGUAUGCUUUCUGUCGGGUCCAGGAUCCAAAUUCUGGUCUGCCUAAAUAUGUUCUCAUCAACUGGACUGGAGAAGGUGUGAAGGACGCCAGGAAGGGAUUAUGUGCAAAUCAUGUCAGCUCUAUGGCAAAUUUUCUUAAGGGUGCUCAUGUCACAGUAAAUGCAAGAGCAGAUGAGGAUGUGGAACCUGACGUGAUCAUGCAAAAGGUGGCCAAAGCGUCAGGAGCGAAUUACAGCUUCCACAAAGAAACUUCCAGUCGCUUUCAGGACAGUGGUCCUCAGGGUCCUGUGGGCUCAGUGUACCAGAAGACCAAUGCCAUGUCAGAAAUCAAAAAGACCAAUAAGGACACCUUCUGGGCACAGGCAGAGAAAGAGGAGGAAAAACGGCGUAAGGAGGAGCGGCGUAAGGCAGAUGAGGAGCGCCAGAAGCUGGAGAGUGAGAGGAAAGACCGAGAGGCCAAGGAGGCGGCGCUGAGGGACAAGAGAGACAAGGAGAGGUCCAUUCAAAUCGAGCAGCAAAAGAAGUACCAGCAGCAACAGGAAGAAGCAAGUAAAGAGCAGGAGAAACAGCGUUGGGCGGAGCAAGAGGAGACCCAGGCAGCCCAGAAGAAAGCAGUCAGGAGAGGUGAAUCUGUGGAAAAGGCCAACGAGGCGGCUUCCCUCAUCUCUCAGCGUGCUGUAAACCCUAGGGAGAUGUUCAAGCAGAGGGAAAGGGGGAUGACCCCCAGUGACUCCGACGUCCCUUCUGCUGCCCCUGCGAGCCCACAGCCAGGGCGUCUGCAAAGCCCUUUUCUGUCUAAGCAAGUGUAUGAAACUGAGCCAGCCAGCUCACCUCAGCGCCAAGCUUCUCCUGUGCCAGCAAGCUCCGCCUCUCCUGUCCAUGCCACAGAGCCUGAUGUGGAUGAUGGACAGUCCAGAUGUGAGUAUGAUGAGCAGAAGGAGGCCCCCCAGGAGCAGCUGGAAGAGGAAGCACCGGUUGCCAACUCCUAUGUCCAGGAGGCUGUUUAUGAAGAACCCCCUCAGGUGGAGGAGAACAACUAUGAAGUGACCCCUGAGGAGACGUCAGACAGAGGCGUCUGUGCCAGAGCUUUAUACGACUACCAGGCUGCUGAUGAUACAGAGAUUUCGUUCGAUCCGGACGAAAUCAUCACCGGGAUCGAGAUGAUAGACGAGGGCUGGUGGCGAGGUUAUGGCCCAGAUGGCCAUUUUGGAAUGUUCCCAGCCAAUUACGUGGAGCUCAUCUAGCCCCUGUGCAGCCCCCUCCCCAUCUCCAGAUCAUCACCCUGACAGCCCCAGAGGACCUCUGCAGUAAAACAACACUCAGCAAAGACGGUUCUCACACACAAGUGAGCUGAUCAGGCUGAAAUGGAGUAAAUGGACCAAUAAUAGAAAAUGGUAAUCGUGGGCCAGAGGCUUUUCAGAUCUAUCCUCAUUUCAAGAACGCAGUUCAAUUAACGUUGAUGUAAGCAGUUGGUGGCUUAGUUUAGGCAUUCGUGAAAGACCCAUAGGUUGACGAAAUCUCCCUCCCACCUCCUUAAAAAUAUCUCCUUACCUUGAAAUGUGAUGCAGUACAUUAUCAGCCUUCAUUAAUGUUUAAGUCUUAACUUCAAUUGUGAGCAUAAUGAGCACUUCUAGUUCACAUUCCUUAAAAAGUGACUUCAGUUUUAUAUCAGGUAUAAUUUCAUUGUUGCUUGUAGCAUUUGCUCCUUUCCAUUUCAGGAAAAAAAAAAAAAAAAUCAAAGAUGGUGGUACCAGCUACAGUAUAAUCCUUUGCCUUGUUUUGCCUUUCUUUACCGGAAGACUGAGUUUUUUUCUUUUUCUUUUUUGUAUAUGAUUGAACCUACAUCCUGUGUGAAUUUUAGACCAUGUUUUGUGCUGAUCUGAUUGUGGUUGAAGUGAAUAUUUAACAAAAAAAAAAAAUCCAGAUUGUGUUUGCUGUGCUCUGGGUUAUCAACUGUGGUGGGGAAAGCGUCAAAGCAUCCCUUUGAUUCUCCUUUUACUGUGACUGUAUAACGGUUUUCAUUUCUCGCUCUCACUAGUCCUUCCUCAUUUGAACCAAAUCAUUUCAACAUAUUUAAUUUUCAGGGACAAGCUGAAAUAAAGAAAAGAUAUGUCAGCAUAAUUUCUUUUUUUUUUUUUUUUUUUUUUAAGAUCUCGCUGGUCUGAGGUUGAGUUUGAGUGCAUAACAGAGCUCUAAUAAGUUGUAUGAGGUGUUACGGUGCCAUAAUGAGGGACGUGAAUGCAGUGAAACCCUCUGAGAAGCACUUGGUGAUAUUUUAAUGAACCAUUUGGACAUUGUGACAGUAACACUUAUGCAAGUUGCUGUUUUUUUCCUGAAAUAAAACUCUUGCAUUUAAUGUUUUCUGGUCAGUUACUAAAAGGAAAAAUGAAAUUAUCGUGAAUAGAUAAGGGCAUCAUAUAUCACUGCAUUAUUCAUGUUUAUUUUUCCAGAUCUUAUUGUAAUGCACCAACAUCAUUCAUAAUAAAAUCAAUAAAUGAG